AUGGGCGGGCCCCUGACGUUAUUGGCCGCGCUCUGGGCUCUGGGGGCUGCCGGAGCCCAGGCGCUGCGCAUCGGAGCUUUCAACAUCCAGAGCUUCGGCGACAGCAAAGUGUCAGACACGGGCUGCUGCGGCGUCAUCGCGCAAAUCCUGGCUGGCUAUGACGUCAUGCUCGUGCAGGAGGUGCGAGACCCCGACCUGAGCGCUGUGUCCGCGCUCAUGGAGCAGAUCAACAGCGUGUCCAGGCACGAGUACAGCUUCGUGAGCAGUGAGCCCCUGGGUCGGGACCAGUAUAAGGAAAUGUACCUAUUCGUCUACAGGAAGGACACGGUGUCGGUCGUGGACACGUACCAGUACCCGGACACCGAGGACGCCUUCAGCCGGGAGCCGUUCGUGGUCAAGUUCUCGGUACCCGGCUGCGGUGAGGCCCCGCGCCCCGCCCCCGCCUCCGGCCCCGCCCCCGCCGCCGGCCCCUGACACCCAGCCCCUCUUGCAGCAGCCAAGGAGUUGGUGUUGAUUCCGCUGCACGCGGCGCCGCACCACGCUGUGGCCGAGAUCGACGCGCUCUACGACGUGUACCUGGACGUGAUUGACAAGUGGGGCACCGACGACAUCCUGUUUCUGGGCGACUUCAAUGCCGACUGCAAAUACGUGCGGGCACAGGACUGGCCGGCCAUCCGCCUGCGCAGCAGCGAGGUCUUCAAAUGGCUCAUCCCGGACAGCGCUGACACCACGGUGGGCAACUCGGACUGUGCCUAUGACCGCAUCGUGGUCUGUGGCUCUCGCCUGCGCAAGAGCCUGAAGCAUCUGUCAGCCACUGUGCACGACUUCCAGGAGGAAUUCGGCCUGGACCAGUCUCAGGCCCUGACCAUCAGUGACCAUUUUCCUGUGGAGGUGACCCUCAAGUCCCACUGACAGCCCCGGGCCCUGGCUGGGGCAGAGCCUGCAGACUGGCCACAGGAGCAAGCCCCACAGGACUCCUCCAGCGUGGCCAGCCAACCCCCAGCGAGGCUGGGCAGCUGGGCCUGGACAAGUGAUGGGACCACUCAGAGCCCGUUUCCCCAUCUGUGAAAUGGGCUGCCACCACCUACCUCAUAAGGUUGUGAGAAACACCUUCUAGCAUGCUGGGCACGCAGCUGAGUUCAAUAAACAGCACACACUCAGCCAGGGCCCCACACACAUGUGGGCUUUGACUCCUCCAGGUCCCUUCUUAGGGCUCAGCCCUUCUGGGACACAGACCUUGGUCCUGCCACCCAGCAGAUCCCUGGUCCCAGCCCACCUAGGGGACAAGGACAGCCUGGCCUGCCCACACCAUCUUUUCUGCUGGGAACUGACCAUGUCCAGACUGGGCUGGCUCCAGAAGACAGUGCCUGUGCUCACUGGCAGAAGCUUCUUGCUCUUUGUGUAAACUAAGUGCUUCCAAGCACCUGAACUGAGUGCACAUGGGGUAAGUGCUCUCACACACAUGCCGUAUGGAUGUGCAAGGCCAACCUCCCAAUCGUCAGUGAUCCUCCUCCAGCCCCAGUUCCCAGGUCUGCAGGCCUCUAGCAGCACUUGUGGGUAUGAGGGUCCUGUCCCACCCAGCACUGCAGUUGGUGGGGGGAGGUCAGGAAGGUCGUCCCCCUGCCCCAAGCUGGUUGGCAGCCCUGGGACUUGUGGAGAGCCCCUCACUGGUGAGCAGGCAGGCUGGGUGAGGGUUCUGCCCAUAGAACCCCAACAACUCACUGUGGUACAGCCCCUUCAAAGGUGCCUUCCUGGUAGGUUCCUCCUCAGGAGCCCUGCGCUGGGCAAAGGCUCGCCAGGGAGGGCACUGGCCUGCGCCUCGACUAAGCCCAUCCCAAGGGUGGGGGACACGCAGAACUGGGGUACACAGUGUAACUGACAGGGACCCAGUGAGGCUGCUGGUUUUCAAAGCAUCUCACCUUUGGCAGGAUUUAAUUGGCCUGAAUUAUACUGAAGGGUAAAACCUUUGUUUCAAAGAGUCUGGACUUUUUCUUGCUAGAUCUUUCUGAAAUAAGAUAUAGGACACUUGCAAUGUAAAAUGCCUCCCUUCUUC